GUCUGUGGUUUAGCUAGCCAACUCGGGAUAUUGCAAGCUCGAAAAGGUGUUGCUAUAUACACAUAUUACGCUAAAUAUGCCUUCUUGUUGUGCUGUCGGCUGUCAGAAUCGAAGUAAAGACAACCCUCAUUUAAAGUUUUAUUCAAUACCUGGAAGGGCUCAUCCAUUUCAACAAAAUCGAAGGCAGUUGUGGCUACGUGCGAUCAACCGGGAUAACUGGUCGCAGGCACAAAUAAAGAAUGCACGGCUUUGCAGUGCACAUUUCAUUUCAGGUCGUGCAUCUGACGUUUCAGACAGUCCCGAUUUCGUGCCUUCGGUAUUUCCUCACAGGCGUGACAGUGCCAACAGCACCAAAGCUAAGAACAAAAUUGACAGCAUGGCAGAAAGCAAUAGUAAUCUAUGCAAUGACACCGACUCAGACACAGCAGAAAAGAAGGAUGGUAUGGCCAAAUGGACUAAGGAAGAAGAUGAAAAUCUCAAAAUCCUGAUCAACAACUUUGGAAAAAAAGAUUGGAAAAUGAUUGCCAGUUUUUUACCAGGGCGGACAGACCACCAGUGUAUGCAGCGCUGGAAAAAGUGUCUGGAUCCUGAUAUAAUCAAAGGAUACUGGUCCAAAGAGGAAGAUGAAAUGAUUGUGACGCUGGUAGAAAGGUACGGCACCAAACACUGGAGUAUGAUUGCCAAGCACCUCAAGGGGCGGCUGGGGAAACAGUGUCGUGAUCGCUGGCACAACCACCUCAACCCGAUGAUCAAGAAGAGCUCCUGGACCAGUGAAGAAGACCUCAUCGUCUACAAAGCCCACUCCAUUCUGGGAAACCGGUGGGCUGAGAUUUCCAAGCUGCUCCCUGGAAGAUCAGACAAUUCUGUGAAAAAUCACUGGAACACCACCAUCAAACGUAAAGCAGAGAUGGGCUGCUUCAAAGAGGAAGCUGACAGCAUUACCCUGGAUAUUCAACAGUUUGUGGAAGGAGAGGUGGACUUCAAAUGUGACGUCGUGUUAGACGCUGAACCUGUAACUCCUGAAGUGGUCAGGCAGCAGAAGGAGCAUCGUAAACUCAAGGAGCAUCACAAAGUCAGGGAGAUGAUUUCUGUUCCAACGCCCCAGGCUUUGGCCUCCAGAAGAGAACUUUCCUCCCCCAGUCCCUCUCUGCCCCCUAGUUCAAAUCCUAGUCCCAGUCCCAGUCCCAGUCCUAGUCCUAGUUCCAGUUCUGGUGCCGUGCAGGUGGAUCAGAAGAAGUACGCUGAUGCUGCUUUGAGGAUGAUUGCUGAGGACAUGCUGCCACUCAGUUUUGUUGAGGGUGCCGGCUUCAGGUCGUUCAUGAGCACCAUCAUGCCUGAAUGCACCAAGCUGUCCCAGCGGUCCAUGGGUCUGCAGCUCUAUGACGACGUGGAGAGAACCAUCAAACCUCAGCUCAUACGGGAACUCAAAGCCUGCCUCGCUAAAGCCAAAGACAGUAAAAGUGCCAUUCACGUCACCUGUGACCUGUGGACGGGGAACCAGUCCCAACCAGGGGAGGAUCCCAUCGUCGUGGUGAAGCUCCACUUUAUCAGUGAUUGCUGGCAGAUCCGCCGUCCUAUCGUGGCCUUCCGUCACCUCACCCACAGGAACCUCAGCACCGCCGUGGCCCGGGAGCUGGAAGGAGUUCUGCUGAGCUAUGGAAUCUUUCCUGACAGCAUCGGCUAUGUCCUCACCAACCAGGCUAAAGAAGCCCUGGCUGCCAACAACUUCUUCUGUGAUUACAGGAUCAUGUGCUCCUCCAACAGGGGAGAUCCGGAUGGAGAUGACAUCGUGACCUUUCUGUCGGACCAGGUGUCUGAAACAGAGUCCCCAUUUUCAGAACUGCAGAUUGGAACCAGGACCACCUGUGUGGCCAGAACAUUGCAGAGCGUGAUAAAGGACGCCCUGAAAACCUCCAGAUUAGUGGAGAACCUGCUCUCACAGGUGCACAAUGUGGUGGCUUUCUUCAAGAACAGCGCCUACUGGAGCGAGGUUUUGAUGAAGGAGUGCAACGUGUCUCUGUGCCCUCCAUCCACUAGCUGUCGCUGGAACUCCAUGAUGCUUUCGUUGCGUCGGAUGGUUCAGGAGUCGGCCUGGAGCGCCAUCAUGACCCUUCUGGCCCAGGCUCGGAUCGAGUCGUGCGACGCAGCCAGCGCCCCGCCUCUGGUCAUGGUCAAGAGGGAACAAGUGAUCGACAUCCUGGGUCUGCUGGGGCCCUUUGAGGAGGCUCUGCAGGUUCUGCAGGGAAACGGAGUGACCAUGUCCUUCAUCAUCCCCUCUCUGGUUGGUCUGGAUAAGACCUUAGAGAGCCGGGUCACCAACUACACACAUUUCAGUAAAGCCCUUCGCUCCGGCCUCCACAAACACUUCCAGUCGCUCAUUCACCAGAACGACGUCGUACUGGCAGCGGUGCUCGACCCCCGGAUCAAACUGCAGCCAUUUCCUGAUGUUAAAAUGGAGGCGCAGACAGAUUUCCUAACUCCUCUAUCAAAGCAUGAGGCUCGCAGCAUCGUGGAAUCCUCUUUAGAAAGCCUGGAGGCCUCGGCUGUUCCCACUGUGGAGGCGGGCAAAGAGCAGAAGAAGGAGCAGAAUGUAGAAGAAAGCCAACCCAACGCUGUAACAGAGCUAUCUGACGGCAGCUCAGACGACAACAACUGUGAUGAAUUCAGUCAGAACGCCCUCAAGCGGAAGUCCAUCUUCACCUUCCUGCAGCCGCCUGCCAAGACGAUGAAGAUGUCGGAGUUCGAUGUGUAUUUAUCCGAGCCGCUGCUGGAAACUAACUCCACUCUUGUGUACUGGAAGUUUGCUCAUCGAAUGCCUCGGCUCCAAAGCAUCGCCAAGAAGCUGCUGGCGGUACCGGCUACUUCUGGAGGCUUCGACCGGCUCUGUCCGAUGGCAGCGUGCAUCGUCAGAGCCAAGAGGAACCGCCUCCCUCCUCACACCACAGAGAGGCUGCUCAUUUACAGGACCUCUGGGAAGACGAAGGCCGUUAAAAAGCCCAGCAGGGCCGCUAAAAACUGACACAAACUCUGCUGCUACUUCAAUAAGAUGACGAAAUACCUCUUCCACAGGAAUAAACCAAUGAAGCUGGAGUUCUUAGUGCCUCACACAAAACAACAUUUCAGUAAAAUAUAGAAUUAAGAUCUGUGGAAAUGUAACUCAAAGUGUGCACUAAGAUCCCUUUAAACAUGAUGUUGUUGUUGGUGCUGUUCAAACCAGAAGUUCCUCUUUUUCCUUUUAACACACAAGCAAAAAAUUAAACAUAUUUCCUGAUAAGCACGAGUUAAAAUAUUCUGUCUUUCUCCCUUCAAAUGUCUCUGCUCUGUUUUCCAGUCUGAUAGAUCCAAUAGAUACCAAAAAACAACUCGUUUCUUUUGCAGAAAUGUUGGAAUUGGACGUUUAUUUCUGUAUUCUUUGGUUGGUAGAUGAUUGUGUCGGUGAAUGUUUAGUCAGUGCCGACAGCAAAAGGUUACAGUGAGAUAUUUUCCAGCUAAACUACAGAAGUGAAAAGUACGGUUUUGAAAGCCCUUCUUCCUGGUCAUGAAUUGUAGCUUCUUAUCUGCUGCAAACGAGCUGUGUUUGGGUUGGAAACUGAAGGAGACACGGCAACUUGUCAGUUUUUUGUAAAAGCGUUUUGUAUUUUCUUCGUCUUUGACAUUUUGGUUAUGUUCAUGUAUUUGUUUAAAAGCGCUGCAAUGAAUGAUUUUCCUCAAGUGCUCUGAUGAUUUUUGCUCUGAAUUGAAUUGCAAUGAGUUCUGAGUAGCAGUUUGACGUUAUUAGUCAGUUAGUCUGCGUUUAUUUUCUAACGGUUCACAUUGAAUGUGUUGAAUUUUCAUAUUAUACAAAUAAACAGCAGUUUGCCUUCUUUGA